GUAAGAUUUACUGCAAAGCAUCCUAUUUAUAAACUUAGCCUGCUUACAAUAAUCCUCUGUGAACGACAAAGCCUGAAAUACUAAUGGCAUGCCGUACAUUGUGGUGCAUUAAUUUUUCACAAUUGGUUCCUUUGUGCCCUGAAGGUGAUGGUAUCCUUGUGUGGACCCCUUCUGGUAUCCAGCCAGUCAAUCUGACAGUUCAAGUGAGCGAUCAGACAUCCAGUUCUGUGAUCACCCCUGUUCUGCAGCUCUGUAACUGUAUGAAUGGAGGAAGCUGCCAGUACAACAGUGUGGUGGAGAACCAUCUGCAGGGAAAGUUUCAGGUUGUAGGAUGUCUUUGUCCAGUGGGUUUCAGUGGCAAGUACUGUGAUAACAGAGCAGAUGUGUGUAAAGGCAAGCCCUGUUUUCCUGGUGUGGAAUGCAUGAGACAGAGAGAAGGAGACCUCUUCACAUGUGGACUGUGCCCUCCUCCGACUGUAUAUCAGGGCAAACAAGGAUACAAGUGCUUUGAAAAUGACUUCUGCCUCCCUCCGUUCCCCUUCCCCUGUCAUGAGAUGGCAGACUGCACAAGCACCGGCUACAAUUACACAUGUAAAUGUAAACAUGGCUACAGUGGCGAUGGAAAAGUGUGCGAAGAUAUUGAUGAGUGUCUGGACCCCUCAGCCUGUCCAAAUGCUAAAUAUGAAUGUGUGAACAAGCCAGGAUCAGUGCGCUGCUCUUGCCGUUAUCAGAAGACCAGAGACACUGACGGCUGUGGUGAAUCUGCUAAUCCAACAGGAUGGAAUGUUUUUAAUGUGUCUAUUGGAUGGGGAAAGCAAACAUCAGCACAAGGACUCAGUAAGCUGCAGGAGAUCCUGUCAAUGGGUUUCCAGAACAAGUUCUACAACGCCACUGCUAUAGCUCCUGAUUCAGCAUCAGCAGGUGGGCAGAAUGAGUACAGGAUCAAUGUGUCCAGUGACACGCCGCACUGGUAUGUCAUGGACUAUCUGACCCGAGUCAGUCAGUACUACAGCAUCCGUUCAGCCUUUGUGGACGACCUUGAUGAAUGUAAGACAAAUGAGGCUCCGUGUUCAAAAACAGCCCAGUGUGUCAACACCUACGGGGGCUACAGGUGUGUGUGCAAUGGCACGGAUCUGAAGGAAGAUUCACAGUCAUGCGGAUCAGACUGGAACAACCGCACAGACGUGUCAGGUGCUCAGACUAUGGAUAAGAAAUCACUCAUUUUGGGGCUGGUUCUGGGCAUUGGUAUCCCCCUCCUGUUGCUGCUGUUGCUGGCGGCCCUCGCCUGCUUCUGCUGCUGCUCACGCAAGAAAACCAUCUCUGGGGAUAUUCCUCAUCUGCUGCCCGAGUACAUUCAGGAGCAGUUCAACCCUCCGUUCAACUUUGAAGACCCGUCUCUGCACUACUACACCCACGUCAGCCCGCGUGUCCUUGAUAACCUCACACCUCAGCAGACGCGCCGUAUUCCUCAUCUGCUGCCCGAGUACAUUCAGGAGCAGUUCAACCCUCCGUUCAACUUUGAAGACCCGUCUCUGCACUACUACACCCACGUCAGCCCCCGUGUCCUUGAUAACCUCACACCUCAGCAGACGCGCCGGUAUCGAUAACACAGGCCCUGUGCGGUUCAUGCAGCACCAGUGCAGAUGUACAUUUGUGUUUCAAAUUUAUCUCAAUAUGAUACUAUUUAUAUUUUAAAAGAGCUGCUGACUUGUAGUCAUGUGUGAAAGUGAAGUGAAGUGAGCGCCAGACACAUGCAAAAGAAACAUGAAGUGAUAUGUGAGCCACAAGUUCUGCUGACGUAUUGCCUCUGUUAUAACUCAUGUGGAGAAACUAAUGUGCAUAUGCAGUGUAUGCGUUACAGUAAUAAAAAUAGUGGUAAAAUGUGCUCUAAUAUUAUGAAAUAAUGUCAAAUUAUCUUAGAUUGUUGGUGUAAUAUGGCAUUCUUCAAGGAAUCUGAAGUAACGGACAAAAUUUUACACAUAAGUGAAAUGUUUCUCUGGUCAGAAUUAUCCUCUUGACAACAAAACAACUAAAUGUGUGUACAGUAUGUUGUCUAGAAGAAAAUAUAUAAAAUACUUAGCAAGGUUAUGAUAUUUCUAUACC